GCUUCUCACCCUCACAACCCUAUUCUCCUUUUCGGGUUGUUACUUGUGAUUACCUGUUGUUCUUUUGGCAUCAAUGUCUCGGCCGCCAGUUUCUCUAUUGGGGAAGCAACAGUGCCAGAGCUUCAGGCAGCCUUCAGGCAGAACAUUCUCAACUCUACAACACUUGUGAUAUACUAUCUUUCUCAGAUCGUUGCUCUCAAUGGAAAGAUUCGGGGCAUGAUUGAAGUGAACCCAGAUGUGCUCUUACUAGCUCAGUUGGCCGAUGAGGAAAGAAAGGCUGGGGUUCCAAACUCUGGGACUGGGCUGCAUGGCAUACCAGUAUUGCUCAAGGACAAUAUAUCCACCAAGGACAAGCUUAACACCACCGCUGGCUCCUUUGCACUGCUUGGUUCCGUCGUCCCUCGUGAUGCCGGUGUGGCGGCGAAGCUUAGAGCCGACGGCGCUAUCAUACUGGGAAAGGCCGCACUUAGUGAGUGGGCUCAUUACCGUUCUGCUAAUGGACCCAAUGGUUGGAGUGCCCGAGGUGGACAGGUUCUGAAUCCAUAUGUAAUGUCGGCUAAUCCAUGUGGGUCAAGCACCGGAUCAGCAGUAUCAGUGGCAUCAAAUAUGGUGGCAGUAUCACUAGGAACAGAGACAGAUGGUUCAAUCCUUUGCCCGGCCUACUCUAACUCAGUUGUUGGAAUCAAACCCACUCUUGGACUCACUAGUCGAGCUGGAGUUGUUCCCAUUAGUCCAAGGCAGGAUACAAUAGGGCCAAUCUGCCGCACAGUGUCGGAUGCAGCAUAUGUACUGGAAGCAAUUGCUGGCUAUGACCCUUACGACAACUACACUUUAGCAGCAUCAAAGUACAUUCCUCCCGGUGGCUAUGUACAAUUCUUGAAUGUAAGCGGACUUGAAGGAAAGAGACUAGGAAUAGUGAGAAAUCCAUUCUUCAACUUCACCAAUGCUUCCUAUUACAUGACCCAAGCUUUCGAGAUGCACUUCCAAACCCUACGCAAUAAUGGUGCAAUUUUGGUGGACAAUCUGCAAAUAGCCAACAUUAGUGCGAUACUGAAUUCAAGCCAAAGUGGAGAAUCAUAUGCAUUGUUGACGGAGUUCAAGAUCGCCUUGAAUACUUACUUGUCAGGGUUGGUUGCUUCUCCGAUCAGAACACUAGCAGAUGCAAUAGCCUUCAACAUGAACUACUCUACCUUGGAAAUGAUUCCACAAUAUGGCCAAUCCCUCUUUUUAGCAGCUGAGAACACCACUGGUACUAGCGAUCCUUUAUAUCAGGCAGCACUGGCAAAUAUGCUGAGCUUGACAGAAAAUGGGUUUGUGAAGCUAAUGACACAAUAUAAUUUGGAUGCAUUGAUUACUCCCAACUCCGGUGUCACUCCUAUGCUAGCAAUUGGGGGGUUCCCAGGAAUUACUGUUCCGGCAGGGUAUGCACCAAAUGGGGCACCAUUUGGCAUCUGUUUUAGUGGGUUGCAAGGUUAUGAACCAAGGUUGAUUGAGAUUUCUUAUGGCUUUGAGCAAGCUACAAAGAUUAGGAAGCCUCCAUCAUUCCUCGUUUGAGACCUUCUAAAUGGUUGAUAUUUCUUUUUAGAAUAAUGAUGGAUAGAUUCAACUUGUAAUGGAUAUUGGGUUGCAGGGUUAUGAGUAUAAUGUUAACCCCCGGAUAUAAACUACCAUUUAUAUAUGCUUGUAUCUAAUCGAUCAUUACGGUUGGAG